AUGUGCUUCAAAUUAAAGGGACGAUGCUUUCGUAAGGCAGAGGAUGUAAGUUUGUUUUUGAAUCUUAUCUUUACAGUUUUUAGAUCUAUUAAACUUGGUUCUUGGUUGAAAAUGAAAAUUUUAAAGAUUUUUUUAAAGUUGUCGGGCUUUGUGAAGCUUCUUUUGGACGCCAUGUCUUGCAAACUUUUGGUUAAUACAUUAUAGUUAAUUAAAUUUACAUUUUUAUGUUGUUUUUUAUAAGUUUCUUCGUUUCAGCUUGUUGAGGAAUAUAAACUUUCCUUUAUGACAGAUGGAGCUACAGAAGGAGCGGGUAUGUUUUAGUUUUGUGUUUGUUGUGCUAGAACUAUCUUGGGUUUAUACAUGUUUGUAAAUAUUGUAGUUUAGUUCAAAAAGGAAGGAUAAAUGGUUUCUUUUGAUAGAACUGACAGUUUUUGUUGUUUUUGUUUUUUUAGACUUUAGAUCCAAUUUUAUUAUAAUAUUCUCUUUAGAAGUUAAUAUUCUCUAGUUUAAAUUAUUUAAUUUGUUUCAGAGGUACGGCUCAGCAGAGAAAUCUUCUAUAUCAUAGUUCAGCGCAAGGAAAACAAACCAUCCAGCUGCAUUUUCAACAACCCUCAAGGUUGCAAGUGUCAGUUUGUAGCACAGAUGAAGGCUUACGAGAAGAUUUCCAGGGUUAUCACCUUUGACCAUGAUUAUAAUGGAUCAACCGACGAACGAUUUGAGAGUACCAUCCACAACAUGAAGAGAUUCAUGAAGUAUCGGCCAGAUUUUGAGGGUUACAUUCUAUUUACAGGACCGGGUGGGUUUUGUAUUAUUGUUUUAGCUUGUAACGUUAAGAAAGUAGGUGUCUUAAGGUUCAGCAUGACUGAAAUUUAUAUUGUUUUUGAUUAAAAAUGAAUAUAGGAAGGAACUGGCUGUUGUUUUGUCUAGUAAAGCAUUAGAAAUUGGCGUUUUAAAAACACUUUUAAAUAUGUUAAUGUCCUAAAAGUUUUGGUAACAAUGUUUGUAAAUGUUUUACUUAUUUUAGGUAUUAAUCCCGACAUCAGAAGACAAGGUAAUCCGAGCGAUGAAGUCCAAAGGGAGUUCCUGAAAACGUUUGCCGAAUUCACGGAAUUCUUUGGCGGCAAAGUGGCGCUGCUGUUCUUGCUUUGUGGGUCUAGGGACAGAAGAGUGACACCACAGGUACUCCUCGACGUCCUUCCUCAGGUCGACGCUGCAGGUCAUAGACGUGAAGCUGGUCGUAGGGUUCCUAAUGGACGUCUCGAAGCUGUCAGCAGCGGAAACCUUGCCAAUCAGGUUGACAGAAGUCCGAAUCCUAAUUUGUAUUUUAAUGUUCGGCAGGGUACCUGA